AUGGCAAGCACGGUGAUGGCCGAGAAGACAGAGGCAGAGCUUCGGAAAGAGAUCGACGAACUCCGCCGCCAACAGCGGGAGAUCACGGAGCGGCUACGAGAUCCCAGGGGCAUCCGCCGCGGUGGAUUAACGAGUGCCGGACCACGCAAUUUUGCCCCCAAUGGCAGCCGUCAGCGUGGCUUUGUUCGGUCUGUAAAUUUCUCAACCUCUCUCUGUCGCUGUCCAUUUAUCUUUCCUUCGCUGUUUCACAAUCGGCUAAAUGUUUCCGUCGAAAAUGGUAUAUUAGAACUAGACUUUGAAAUCCCUCCUGCUGAGCACGUGCCGAGGGUGUUGCCCAAGGAUGAGGACCCUAGUCUGGUGAGUAGGAAUAAGAGGAUGCUUGGCCAGCUUCUUGGCACGUUAGAGAGGUUCAGGAAAGAGGACGUGCAACGAUCAGGCACGGAGGCAUACAUGAGGAGAUCUGAUUCUCUGAAAAGGGCUGAGCAACGCGCACGUGAAGAGAGUGAAAAACUCAGGCUACAAGAGCGUGAACAGAUUGCUGAAAAACGGAAGAGAGAUUUGAUUCUAAGAGCUCGUAUAGCUGCAAAAGCACAGGAAAAGAAUAUGGAAUUGCUGUUUCUUCGGUGGAGUGAGCACCACAAAAAACUUGGAAAUUUCAUAAGGACUAAGGCUGAACCUCCCAUCUAUUACUCGUUUUCCAAACCUCUGGAUCAAGAUGCAACUUCAGCUGAGCAGCAGAAGGAAAAGAUGUUUCAAGAGUGGAAAUCUGUUAGGAGAGAGGAACUGUCGCAAUAUCAGAAACAGAUUUUGGAGCAGCAUCUUGCAAAUGUGGACAAUGAACUGGAAAGGUGGCAAAACAGGAGGAAAGGUAGAAGACCGAAUAACACUAUGGCAAACUUACAGGAGACAAUGGACAAAGAGCUGGAGACCCAUCAGCUCGAGCCUGGUCCCAAGAUUAGAAUAAUUCCUGGCCAAAGUAAUAACGAAGAUGAAGAUGAUGUGGAAGAUAUAAAUGUUGCCGAGGAUGAUUUGAUGGAUGAUGUGCUGGGUGUCGAUGAUAAUGGACGAAGGGCUGAUGAAACGGAGAAACUAGACACAGGUAAUAGUCCGCCUGUAGAAAAGAAGGAAGAGUAGGUAUCCUCGCCAAAAUUUCUGCUUGCUUUCAUUUUGUUUUCGUAUUUUGCCUUCGGUGUUUUAUGUUGUUACGAUGUUAGGUCAGAUAUAAUCUGGUGCUUAGGAUCCAGUUUCUUUAUCUACAUUGCUUCAUCCAUGAAACUUAGAAUUAAAAGGUAAUUGUACUAAAUUUCUAGAUUUCAUUCUCUGCAUUAGAGUUUUCUAUAAAUUGCAUUGGUAUUUGCACUUGCAAAUUGGAACAUAUUGUUUGGUCA